GGAGCACUAUGUGGCAGCGGGGAGGGGAGGGAAAGAGCUCGGCCGCAUUCGGGGCCGCCUGCGCUCAUCAAACGCUGCUCAUUGAACACACAGUGAGGCAGACCUGGAGUGGAAAUAUUUUUUUAUGGCGCAAUAUGCGUGAAUUUCUAAAAUAAUCCCGGGGUUGCUGAAACCCUUCCAAAGGAGGUCUGGAUCAGUACCCAUCUGCGCGGGCCCUGAGUGGGCUGGCACGACCCGUCCUGCCCACUCAAUAUUGAGCGCCAAACAUUCCUCAGACUCAGACGGGCAUCGGAAACCAUAUUACAUGUCAGCGGUUUUGGGGUUUUUGACUGUCCCCUUUAGGUUUACCCCCCAUUCCCUUCCCCUGAUACUCUUUCACUCAUCCGAAAGAGUAAAAGGAUAUUUUCACCCUAGUGUGGCAGCCGGGCUGCUCCCCCAUACACAGAUGAAUGAAGACCCCAUUCGGGAAGAACGCGGCCCAGAGAUCCAGAGCUGAUGCAGGGCAUGCUGGUGUCUCUGCCAAUAUGAUGAAGAAAAAGAAUUCUCAUAAGAAACACAAAACCAGCGUAGGGCCCACCAAAGCAGUGGCUCAGCCCAGGCGGAACAUCGUGGGCUGUCGUAUCCAGCACAUCUGGAAGGAGGGCAGCGGCGCGGCAUCACAGUGGAAAGGCACAGUGUUAGACCAGGUGCCCGUCAACCCCUCGCUCUACCUGAUUAAAUAUGACGGCUUUGACUGCGUCUACGGCCUGGAGCUGCAUAAAGACGAGAGGGUGCAAGGACUCGAGGUUCUGCCAGACAGACUAGCCUCGACACGCAUCAGCGAUGCCCACCUGGCCGACACCAUGAUCGGCAAAGCUGUGGAGCACAUGUUCGAGACGGAGGACGGCACUAAGAACGAGUGGAGGGGAAUGGUUCUGGCCCGGGCGCCCAUCAUGAACACGUGGUUUUACAUCACGUACGAGAAAGACCCGGUGCUCUACAUGUAUCAGCUGCUCGAUGACUAUAAAGAUGGAGAUCUGAGGAUCAUGCCAGACUCUAACGACUCGCCCCCAGCGGAGCGUGAGCCCGGAGAGGUCGUGGACAGCCUCGUGGGGAAGCAGGUGGAAUAUGCCAAAGAGGACGGCUCUAAACGAACUGGCAUGGUUAUUCAUCAGGUGGAAGCCAAGCCCUCGGUCUACUUCAUCAAGUUUGAUGACGACUUUCACAUUUACGUCUAUGACCUGGUGAAAACAUCGUAGGCAGCGAAACGCCCCGCGGGACGAGGAGAGGGGGAGGAGUUUCACGUAACCAUGUGAUUCACUCAAACGUUUUUGCCAAAAGUUCUUUCAAAACAUUUCUUGUAACAUCUUCUGGAAAUGGAAUUGGUGGAUUUUUCAGUGGAUUACCACUAGUCAAGUGUCUCUUAUUGUUGUAGGAUGAACGGACAUCACAUCCCCGACAUACACGUAGCUUCAUAUUUCAGAGGUUCGUCUCGAGCAUUUCCCAUUACUGUCGGUUAUUUAAAAGACGCGACGUCACGUUCGUCGGGGAAAAACCCGGAGGUUGCGUCUGGUAACAACGUUCUGGGCUGCAUCGGACGUUAAAGCGUUCAUCUGUUGGACUGUUACAGCUCCGCCUUGGGUUGCGCGUCAACCCGAAUGAAAUUCAAGCUAGCGCUGUGCAGCGAUCCUGAGGAAAGAGUCAAAACAUAAGUUGGAAAAUGCACGAGGUGUUUAUCAUUUCAGACGUGAGAAACACAGGGGUCCAUGAAGGAUGGGGAGCGUAAAAGUGUGCAUAAAAGUGCCAGGAGGUCGGCUGUAGAAAGUGGCCUGGGAAAUGUUCCCAUCUUGUCUGUAAACAAGACAUCUCGCUGUCCUUGAUGUCUUUGCAGUUUUACCCUCCAUCUUCUAGUUCAUGCACUCGCCCUCGCCAGAAUCGCACACACGAGCUCCGCUGUCAGUACGUAGGCAUUUGUGUGAAAUGAAACCCCACCGUCUUGUUUUUUUUUAAUAUAUAUAUAUAUGUAUUUUGUUUCCUACUUUUUAUUUUAUAUAUAUAUAUAUAAACGUUUAUCAUCACCUCGAGUAAACGCUAAUGCAGCUUUUAUUAUCUCAAGCACUAAAUUUAGAGGAAAUCAGAGACUUGUUUUGCUCCCCUGUUUUGUUUUUAAUAAAUUACCACUUCUUUGGGGAAAAAAAAAACAUUAAUAUGAACGUUUAAUUCACUUUUAGGCUUCAUUUAAUGUAAAAAAUGGCCAUCAGAUUGCAUAGUGUGGAUAUUUUCUCUUGGGUAUUAUCAUUGUUACAGUGUAGAUAAAUGGGUUUGUGUUUUAGCACACGAUUUUGUCUCUUUAGCACUAAAAAUCAGACGGUUAACCAAUGCCCCAAAGUAUUUAGUGAUGUUACACAAACUAAUCGCACAAAGUGUUUAAUCCCAUACCUGUUAGAAAAAUGCUUAUGCAAUAAUGAAGAAAGUAUUCAGGAAUUUCUUUGCAAACCAUGCACCCCAUGAUUUUUGCUUUAUUUUUCUUUAAAUUCUUGCUUUGCCUCUCUGCGAGCCUAAAACGUUUGUGCCUCGAUAUUGACUUAAGUCUGCUUUCAGUAUCUUUUUUUUUUUUUUUUUUUUCCUGUUGUUGAUGUUACAUGUGUGUUUUGUCUGGAGGUUUGUGUGUUCCCAUUAGACUCGUACGAAAUGACUCGAAGGCCCCCUCCGAGGAAUGUUACUAUGUUUGAAGAAGCCCUCUCAGCGACAUGUGUUUUGCAUUAUUUCAGCAUUUUGUGCUGCUGUGUUUCAGCUUUGGGUUACAGCGUUCCCGUUUUAACACUUCACUCUCAGCCGCUCCAGAUACUUGAAGCUUUUCUCUUUUCUUCAAGCAGACGCUUGCAGAGAGCCGCUGUGUUCUGCAUCAGAUGUGCAACACUAAAAGGGUGACGCCAAGAAAUGCACAGGUCAUAUUUCACUCCAAAAUCAAAAGAAAAAAAAAAAAAAAACGCAUUUAUUUUUAUGACAUUUAAGCACAUUGAAAUUCUCAUUACGUAAUGUGAAAGAACCUUUACUGUAAUACAUUAAUACUGUAAUAAUCCUGUCCAGGCAGUUUCUUAAUCAGCAUAAAUCUAAAUCUUAGAGGUAUGAAUACUUAAAAUCAUUAUUUUGAAGUUUAGUUAAAAUGUUAAUUUUAAUAUAUAAUAUAUAUAUAUAUAUAUAAU